GCCACUGUCAUGAGAGGAAUCCAGAUGGCAGUCAUGACAAGGAGAAAUACUUUGACCACCAUGAGACAGUUACUGCAGUGGCAGAGGGACACUCUGAGGAAGGUACAGAAGAUCCAGAAAUCCUUACUCAGAGUACAGCAAGGGAUCCUUCCUUCUUGAGACUGGAAAACACAGUCACUGCAGAAAGCAACGGUUCAGAAGGAAUAGAGGGUUUAGAAGGUGAUCAGAUGUCUGAAGAGAUGCUGGCUUUGGUGGAUGAGUUUGAAAACUCUUGGCCUCAGGAAGCUUUUGAAGGGGCGCUGGAGGUAAAAGGUCAUCGGAUGGACUUGCAGGGAAUUCGGGUCCUAAAGAAGGGAUCUCAGGAUGGACUGGCUAGUUCCUGUUUUGGGGACUGUGGUGAUGAUGAUGAAGCUGAAUGGAUCACUUUUCAGGUCAAACGUUUAAAGAAACCAAAAGCUGAAAGCUUGGAUCUCCAGGAGCCAGUUGGGAGAAACAGGGAAGAAGGGGCUAAUGGAGAAAAUGAAAACUUUUACCAAACUGCCCUGGAGAUCAGUGGACCAAAGAUACCUUCUCCUGGACCAAUAGGGAAAAGGCGCGACUAUCGUAGCCUUGGCUGGCCAAGUCCUGAUGAAUGCCUGAAACUCCGUAGGGUGGAGCUUACAACUGUAGCCAGCACAUGGCUUGCUGUUUCUGCUAAAAACAUUGACAUUACAGAACACAUUGAUUUUGCCACACAACUCCAAGAACCAGCCAUGGAGCCCCUUUGCAACCCAAAUCUACCAGCCAGUAUGCACACUUUGGACCACCUGCAAGGUGUCUCUAGUCGGGCCAGCUUGCAUUACACUGGGGAAAGUCAACUGAAAGAGGUGCUCCAGAAUCUUGGCAAAGACCAGUACUCACCACAGUCAUUAGAACAAGUUGGUACUCGAAUAGCCAAAGCUUUGGAAAAGAAUCACACUUCCUGGGUCCUCUCUAGCAUGGCAGCUCUUUACUGGAGGGUGAAAGGCCAAGGAAAGAAGGCAAUUGAUUGCUUACGGCAAGCAUUGCAUUAUGCACCCCAUCACAUGAAGGAUGUGCCACUAAUAAGCCUAGCGAACAUCUUCCAUAAUGCAAAACUCUGGAAUGACGCCAUCAUUGUGGCUACCAUGGCAGUGGAAAUAGCACCACACUUCGUGGUUAAUCAUUUCACACUGGCAAAUGUCUACGUAGCAAUGGAAGAGUUUGAAAAGGCGAUGAAAUGGUAUGAGUCAACACUAAAACUUCAGCCGGAGUUUGCCCCAGCAAAGAAUCGAAUCCGCACCAUUCAGUGUCAUUUACUUAUGAAAAAAGAGCGGCGGUCUCCUUAGAGAUCAGCAUCUUUCUCCUUUUUUAAAAAUGUCAUUAUUCUCUAUUCUGCUUCUAAGUGUGCUAAGAUAAAUUGAUGAAUCAAAAUUUUUAGCAAGACUUUUAAAAAGAGAUGGGAUUUGGUCAAGGGUUCUUUUAUUUUUUUUUUUCCUCAAAUAUAGGAGCAUCUUUGGAAAAUACAUUUCACAGACCAUAAUUUUAAAACAUCUGUAAAUAUUAAACCAAGAAACUUCCAUGAGUCCAUGACCACUUGUACCAGGACCCAGGCACUGUUAGUUUUUCCUUAAUGCUCAGAUUGGCAUCAGCAUCCAAAAUAACUUGUUUCAUAUCUUACAAUCUAAGUCAAUGGAAAUGUAAAGCAUACACCUGUACCAAAUAGUAAGAAGAGAUAAUCAGCAGUUUAUCCAUGUGGAACUCAUGCUUUGUCCAGUCUUGUUCACUCCAUACCACAUUACCUGCUUUUUUGGAAGGAGAGGGACAAGAGUUUAAAUGUUUAUAAAAAACAUUAGGAACAUCAAGCAUUUCUGGAAUUGUUUCUUUCUGUUGGGGGAUGAGGAGGAAAUGAGGAAGAGGGAACAGCAGGACCCUAAAGUCAAAGUGGUUUUUAAUCUUACUUGAAGGAAAAAAAAUGGGUAAAAAGCCCAGUAAGAUGUUUUAUAUUUGUCUAUAUAUGCAUAGCCCUCUGCCUCCCUGAGUGGUUGAUUUACUAAUUCUUUGUUCACUGUAUUUCUAGCCAUUUCAGAAUAAGGUGCAAGUUUAUGCUCACUCUGAGCCAUACUUUCAGCUGCCAAGAAGGAGGAGAGGGGCAGUGUCAAGGUAUCAUCAGCAAAUAAGUCAGGUGGAAGAUUUCCAGAUCAGUUCUCUCUUUGGUUGGUGGAGGACAUGAUCCUCCAGACAUCAUUGUUGAAUCAACAAGGGCACAUAUUUGAAAUAAAAUAAAUUGUUUAUGAACAAA